CAUCCUUUCGUUGCGCCUCCCCUCCGCCUCCGUCGCGCGGGUGUGCCUCCGCAACCGCCGCUCGGGUGCCCGCAGCCCCGCCGCCUGCUCCGCACUUCGUCUCGGGCCUCCACUUCGUACUCCGCGUCUCCGGCCGUGCUGCGCCAGCAAACGGCAGGGGUAUCUGUGCUUUAUUUCGUAAUGGUGAAUCUUUAUUAGUUCUUCUUCAUCACCUGGUCCAUGUUUUCUUAACGCCAAAUCCCAAUGCUCAAGAAUCCUAGGUCAGCCAUUGCUUGCUGAUAAGCCCCAGCCCCACUUCACCCUGUCCUCCUGUGGUAUGCCAUGGUGUUUUGGAGUUGCUCUUCUUGUCUCCGUGGAUUCAUUCCCAGAGCGGCAUGGAUGAGGCACUACACACUCUUGUCCCCCAGGCCUACUGCAUCGCUUCCUAUCCACCACUUCUCCUCCUCCGCUCGACGGUCCACCAAGAAAUCUGCCGUAAAGGCGCCAAUGCACUCUUCCAUUCUUGCCGCAAAGGCGCCAAUGGAGAAAUCUGCCGCAAAGGUGCCAAUGUACUCUUCCAGAGAGCCCUUCUAUGUCAUCCGCAAAGGGGAUGUCAUUGGCAUCUGUAAGACCCUCAGUGAUUGCCAAGCCCAAGUCAGCAAUUCGGUAUGCGACCCUCCAGUCACGGUCUACAAAGGCUAUUCUCUGCGUAAAGAAACUGAGGAAUAUCUUGCUGCGCGUGGGUUAAGGAACGCUGUCUAUUCCAUUGAUGCAGCGGAUGCAAGGGACGAAUUGUUUGGUGAUCUGGUUCCCUGCCCUUUUCAGCAACCUGAUGAAGCCAAACAAUCUACUUUGAAAAUGUCACAGGGGAUGGAAACAAGACUGUCAGAGCAUCCAAAAGCUGCUGAUCUGGAAACAUUACCUGAUAGUGAGCUCUCUUGUAUUCUUGAAUUUGACGGUGCUUGUAAAGGAAAUCCUGGGAAAUCAGGUGCUGGAGUCAUAAUUCGCCGGUUAGAUGGAUCUGUGAUUGCUCUACUACGUGAGGGUUUGGGUAUUAUGACCAACAACGCUGCUGAAUAUCGUGCAUUGAUCCUGGGGCUAAAUUAUGCUUCCAAGAAGGGAUUCAAGUAUAUUCGUUGUCAAGGUGAUUCUAAGCUUGUCUGUAACCAGGUUCGAGGUGACUGGCGUGCUAGGAGUGAUAAUAUGGCUGUCUUGUGCGAUAUAGCCAAGGAACUAAAGGAAACGUUUCUUACAUUUCAAAUCAACCAUGUUUUGAGGGAAUUCAACUCGGAUGCUGACGUUCAAGCUAACUUUGGAGCCCAACUUGCUGUUGAUGAAGUUCAAGAGCUGUCCGUUUGUUGAGUUGCCAUUGGCAGAGAAAACAAGACUUGGGACUUGAGGGUAUAGACUAUUAAUACUAAUUGACCCAUGUGAUUACAUCACAGGGUGCAGUUGAUAUUAGAUAUUCACAUCUGUGUAGUGACACGUUCGGCAGAACAUCUGUGCAGUGCCAAUCCACUGUAUUUUGGAAGUCAGGGCAGAAGUUGAAGUGUUGCUGGGAAAUUUUCUUCUCUUGUGCCCUGCCCUGCCUUGCCCUUUCGUUUUCUUUAUUACAUGCCGUAUUAUGGUUGUCCUAAGUCAAACAUUCUUAACUUUAGCCACCAUUUUCAAAAACUUCAUGAAGUUUUACAACAUGUGAACUAUAUAUUAUGAAAAAUAUUUAUUGUAAGGAGUAAAAAUAUAGUAUGCGUA